GUCUGCGCCUGCGCGCUGGCGCUCCUCAGCGAAGGCCACGUGAAUGUGCCACCAGGUGAAUGGGUCCCUUCCCAACCCCCUCAAGUAUGAACGGCUCCUUCGUGAGGAGUCCAGAAUGAUGAUGAUGGUAUUUGUUAAGCGCUUACUAUGUGCCAAGCACUGUUCUAAGCGCUGAGCACUGUUCUAUGCAGCAGAGAAGCAUCACUUCCCUCACCCAGAGCAGAAGGCACCUGCAGCUGGACCGAGGCAGCUGUUGAACAGAAAUGUGUGGUAUUCACCAUCAGAUUACUGAGAGAGAGAAAAAGGCUCAAAACUCUGGAAUCUAAAAUUCAUUCUCUCCUACCCAACCCAUCCCAAGCAAACCCAGAGAAACUUCAAGUGCGUCCAAACCUAGUGGAGGUUGUUCUGAGGGGAUGGGAGUGAUGUUUCGAGAACCAAGCCUGCCCACGAAUGAGGAUCUCCAUCUGCAUAAUGGAGACAGUAAAACCGAACCAUCCCAGGGGUGUGAUUGGAUGAUGGCACACUGCAAAUAGGGUUUUCUGGAAAUGCUGGGAUUCUCUGUUUUGACCGAGUUUUUGCCUGGUCCCAGCAGCUCAGCCCCCCGGAGCCAGAUGGCAGAGUCUAGUGGAAACCACUUAACAAAGUUCUACCAUAAGGUAGAGCUGUAGGGGGCAGAAAUGGCCGCUUGGGCCCAACUAUAGGCUGAGCCCUGGCUCGCCGCAGCCAGGCCAUUACCCAGGAAGAGCACCGACUCCCCAGCUGCCAUUAAUCACAGUGAAUUAAAUUGCAUAAAAUAGAGGAAAGAAGAGAGGAAUAAAGGUCAAGCCUGGGAAUACGUUCAGAGGACACUGAAAAGAGAACGGUGCAAGAAGAUGAAAGAUAGUUAUGGACGGGGUUUGUCUCGUAAUCACAUGUUAAGGAUAUCCCGCCUCGUGGAUCCCCUCUGGUUUCGCUGCACAUGCACUCCGCUCAGGGCUCGGUCCUACCCGGGUCCCGUGGGCAGUGUCGCCACACACCACCCACCGCCGUGUUUACACUGAAGUGACCUCCCCCCCGGCCAGGUACACCAUGACCUCAAAGCGUGUUACCAAAGCUUCCAUGGCCAGUGCAGAAAAGAAGCACCGCAAGAGCUUAAGCCUGGCCGUGAAACUAGACGUGCUCAAGUGUCUGGACUCCGGUGAGCGUCAGAUCGACGUGUGUAAAGCUUUCGGUUUGGCGGGGUCAACAGUGAGGACGAUUAUUAGGAAUGCGGCUAAAAUCCGGGAAUUCGGGAAGACCACCACCCCGCUCACCGCGGCUAAACUGAGCAGAGCCCGGCCUCCGAUAAUGGUCGAUAUGGAGCGAUUGCUUAGUAUUUGGAUCGAAGAGCAGACGAGGCGGCGGAUACCGCUGAGUUUCUUAAGCAUUCAGGCCAAGGCGCGGAGUCUGCACGAACGCCUGCAGAGGGACCUGCCCAAAGGUUCCACGGUGGAUGAAUUCAAGGCCAGCCAGGGUUGGUUCGACAGGUUCAAUCGUCGGGCUCAGCUGCAUAACGUUGCCGGGAGCGGCGAGGGGGCCGGUCUCAACGCCGAAGGCGCCACUGCCUUUAAACGAACCUUGGCCAAACUGAUAGCGGAGGAAGGCUACGGCCCGCGGCAGGUGUUCAACGUAGACGAGACGGGCCUCUAUUGGAAAAGGAUGCCCCGGAGGACGUAUAUCUCUGUGAAAGAAAAGAUGACUCCGGGCUUCAAGGUAUCGAAGGAUCGCUUGACGCUCUUGGUCGGAGGCAACGCGGCUGGCGACUUCAAGCUGAAGCCGCUCGUCGUUUACCAUUCCGAGAACCCGGUGGCUCUCAGAGGGUUUUCCAAAAGUUUCUUACCCGUGCUGUGGAAAGCCAAUAGGAAAGCAAGGAUCACGCGAGUGGUGUUUGAAAACUGGUUCACGUCUUACUUUUGCCCAGCUGUGAAGAUGUACUGUGCCAAAAAUAACCUUGCCCACAAGGCUCUGCUGCUCCUUGAUAGUAGCCCAGGGCAUCCAACCACCCUCGAUGACCUCAGCCAGGAUGUUAAAGUCAUCUUCCUCCCUCCAGACACCGCCUCCAUUCUGCAGCCCAUGGACCAGGGGGUCAUUGCAGAUUUCAAGGCUCGUUACACCCACCAAACCUUUGAGCAGGCGGUCAGAGCAGCUGACGGGGAGAAGGCGCUUUCCCUUCCUGAAUUUUGGAAGGACUACAAUAUCAGACACGCCGUUGAGAACAUCGCAAGUUCCUGGGAUGAAAUCACCUCCCGAGCCAUGAAUGGGGCGUGGCAAAGGUUGUGGAGCGAUUGCGUGCCAGAGUUCGAAGGCUUUGACCAGACUCUGCAAGCCGUCCGAGAGAACAUCGUCGCCUUGGGAAAGAGACUCGGCAUGGGGGACCUAGAGCCUUCCGACAUUGACGAAUUGAUCGAGUCUCACCAGGAGGAACUGUCGGACGAGGAUCUGGUGAGCAUGGAUCAACAGAGAGCUCUGGAGGAAGGUCGGCCCAGUCACAGCGACGAAGAGGCCCCAGCCAGGACCUUAACCACAGCACACCUUGGGCGGGCGUUCGAGCUUCUGGAAGAGGCGUGUUCCAUUUUCUCAGAAAAUGAUCCGAACGUGGACCGAAGCGCCGCCGUCAUCAGAGCUUUGCACAGUGCGGUCAACUGCUACAAAGAGCUGCAGGCAGAAAGGAAAAAGGCUAAAAGGCAAGGGAAGUUUGAUUCACUUCUGCUCCGAGCUCCAGGAAGCCGACCUCUGUCGACCACAGAUGCAACGAUACCUUCAACUUCUGGAGCCACCGCCUGCUCCGCUUCACACGAUGAGGGAAGCUUUGAUUGCAUGACCAUCAAGGCCGAAGACAAUCAGUGAACAUGUGGCGAAAGCGGCCUGGGAUGUCCUCAGAUUUUUCUCAAGUUUGUAAAUCUGUAAACGUUAAGUAUUUGAAAUUCAUGAUCUGUGAUCUUUGGGUACGUGUUUACAUCGAAUUUGAUCACACAUGUUACUAAACAGUGUUAGCUAAAAUGGGUUUUUAACCACUGUUUUCAAAAUAUUUAUAUUGCUUGGUCAGUGUUUUGGCUCCUGGGAAUGCAUUAAUGCACUUUACAUUUUUCCUAUGGGAAACUACACUUUCCUUAGCACUCUUUUGCUUUAAUGCUCUGUUUUCACGGAACUAAUUAAGAAUGCUAACUGAGGGGAUCUCUGUACUUAUAAUUUAUUUAAUUUUUUACUUUUUUAUCAACUCUGUUUUUGCUUCUGUGCACCUGCUUUUCGCCUGUUGUAUAUGCUUGGCAACUCAUGGUCACUGGUCUCCCCCAUUAGAAUGUAAGCCCGAUUGCUGGGACCGUCGUAUACUGCAUGUUCCUGAGCGUCUAAAGCUGAGUUCUCCCUACCAUAAGCCCCAGUAGAUAACGAUAGUGACGAUGUUAGUGAACAGCUGACCGUGAACGUGACAAUUACUCCGAUGUUAGGAGAGAAUGGAAGAGAGGGAAACCAAAAGAGCUGAUGGGGAAGAGAGAAAGAAUCCAUUCGACUAGGAAAUAUUGACAGGAUUGAGAAGAGUAAAAAAUGAGGAAAAAGGGUGGAAAACCUGGCAAGUCAACAGGGAGAAGAAAGCAUAGUCGCCACUUCUGUUUUUUAAGGCUGAGAUUUUAAUGAAGCCUGAGGAACUGUUUGCUUGAUUUGCUCUCUGGUGUCAAAGAGCAAGGGUUGGAAGGUCUAGUGAAAGACCACUGAAUCGACAGCUGGAAGAAUUGAUCCUAGAGCCGGUCGAGGUGCUAAAUUGAGCAAUUCAUUUAAUCUCUGUGGAUCCCAGAUCCCCACCUGGAAAAUGGGGUGACAAGGCCCCUCUGCUGACCUAACGGGGAGCUUGUGAAAGUGGAGACCAGCGUCUUGUACAAAUGCAAUACAUUGUAAACUGCUUUAUUAGAAGUACAGGAUGUUAUAAAUUGAGUGCAUUGUUAACAGGUUUUAUGAAAUGUAGAAUGUGCCUCCCCCAUCCCUUCCCUCUCAGCACUUGUGUACAUAUCCCUAUAUUCAGUUACUUACCUUACCUGUAAUUUAUUUUGAUGUCUGUCCCCCCCGUUAGACUGGAAGCUCCUAGGGAGCAGGGAUUGUGCCUACAACUGCACUGUACUCUCCCAAGUGCUUAGUACAGUGCUCUGCACAGAGUAAGUGCUUAAUAAAUAUCCUUGAUCGAUUUUUCACAGUUCUGGGAAUUAUGGAUUUCUGGGCUUAGAGAAUUCCAAGAAAAAUCCAUGCAUAAGUGAGGUGUAGUAGUUAAAAAUCUUCCAUGCCCUCUGACUUAUUAGGAGGAUCUUUUAUUUUUGUCAAAUUACAAUAAUCAGCGGGUCUCUGUCUGAAAAAGUGAAUCAGCAGACAAUACUAAUGUAUUUGCACAUGAGUAGGGCCUUUUUUUAAAAAAAAAAAGUCAGAAGAAUUAUUUUGUCAAUAGCCUCCCUUGUUCGUGUUUUCCACUGCAUGCCAUUUGCCAUAUCAUUGUGCAGAGUUUUUCAAACAGUGUCAUAUCCAGAGUGAUUUAUGAAUAAUUGAGCCAGAUGGAAAGGAAGCCAUUUUUUAAUCUAUAAUGGUAAUGAGAGCUAAUGAUUAGUAACUAGUCUUUAUCCACUAGGCUGUAUUUUUGUAUUUUGCAUUUCCCCAAAGGAACUUUAUUUGGAGAAAACACUUCAAGAUGUUUUAUUUAUAUCCUACUGCUACUCUUGCAUGAAACAUUACAUUAGCGAUAUUAAUUUUCUAAAAAAACGGAAUUAGUUCAAGAGAUAAGCUACACCCAAUUAGCUGUUUGGCAACUUUCUUCCCAAGAAGGUAAUUAAAUAGACAAAUACAAAAUAAAAUUAAUGUAUUAUUAAACAGAUCAAAAAUGAUUUGGAUCUUGGCCAGCAAGUCUCAACAUCAAAAUUAGGCAGUUGGGUGGGACCAGAAUACAGGGUAAAGCCACAUUCAAAUCCUCAGGGAAAGGCAGGUGGCUAAAGAUUGCUGUGGCUUGUAAAGGUUCAACACAGCCAACUCACCAUCCGCUAUCAAACGAACAAAUGACGGUUUUAUAGACAAAAAUGAGUGUUGAGAAGAGAUUCAGAGAACAAAAGGGAGAUGUUAAUUGUAAGAGAAAAAAAUACAGUGGAAGAAAUUUAGGAAGAUAAAAGUGGGAGAAAAGAAGGGAAGGGCACAUGGAAGAUUUUUAUAAUUCCCUCUUUUAGCUCAGAAAGUCACUCUCCAAAACCAAAGUCAACUGCAAUGUUAAAAAGACCAUUAAAUAAAUGGGUUCGAUUUGGAAGUUCAUUCAAGGCACCUCAACAUGAAGCCUUUUGGUGAUUUGCUUGCAGGGAGUCGUCUGUUUUAGGGUCUGCCUAAAUGGGGGUAGAAUGUUACCCCUUCUGUGAAUUCGAAGUGAGCUAUUACUGUACCUACUAAUAAAUGUGAUAUUUUUAAAGUGUU